AUGUGUACAUACAAUAAACUGACUCUUCCAUGGCCACAUAUCGAAUUGGCAUUUAGGAUAUCGCAUAUCUGGGGCAUGAAGCGGCGGGAAGUCUAUACGCUUCCCGUGGCGCCGUUUGUGCUGGACGACAGCCUCAGCCACCAGAGGAAUCCGUUAUUAUCGUUAUUUCCGCCCGGAAAGCUGACGCGUCAAGUGGCUUGGCAUGAAAUCAUCACAGGAGAGACGAAAUCUGAUGGGAUAUGUCGGAAUGAACGGUCGCCGUUAGCGGGGCUUCGCUAUGAACUGAAGAGCUACGAUGACCAUACGAAGUGGUGGUUUCGCAUCGAUAAAUCUCUCAAGUUCAAGUCUUCAAAAUUUCAAACCAAGCCACCACCACCACCCAAAACCGCGCCUACGCCUUUCCGCAGACCAGUCCCAACUCCUUCGGCCAAGCAGCGUGUCGUUCGUUGCAUCUGGCCCCGAGAUUCCAAUGGACCUGUGAUGGCCGACCUACCUAGCGGCAAGGUCACUGAGAACAAUCAGCGAGUCUGGGGCGCCACGCUUGAAGAUUUCCAUUACGUACGGCCUUUUCCUAAAGCUUCAAGCGUUACAACUAGGAUGUGCGGGAGCAGACUGGCGGCGUGGAUGAAGGAGGUUGGGGAGGUUGAGCAUGCGAAGGAGGAGAUCCAGUGGGAGUUUCGCGGCGCGUUGACGAGGAUGUACAGGGUGGUCGUGGUCGUUGAUUUCCUUGCGUGA